UUUGUAGAAUCGUAAAAAUAAUCAUGGUUGUUUUGUAGUUUAAUGUUUCUGGCCCACCCGCUUGUUUACGAUUCCGAUUCCUUUGAGAUAAAUAACUAAUAACCGUAACGGACAAGUGACAGCUUUUCAAACGUUGAAACAAUUAGAAGAAGAAUGUUGUAUGAUCUGGGAUAAUAUCGACUGGGACCGAAAGAAGAAUUUUUACGGGAAUACACAGUGACAAAAGGCUUUGGCGUUAAAGAUCAACUGGAGGUCCACAUAGCUCCAUGGAGAUGCAGAAAAUUAUUCUCGCUAUAGCAACCUCUUUUCUGAUAUCAGUAUCUCGUCUUGGUGUAGCAGAGGGUGUAAGCGCUGCAAAAAGAGACAUCCGUGUCAACGAUGAUGUGCGAGUCUUCCAAGACCAACGUCAUCUCGUGGACUUACAGACCCUCAGAGAUCUUGUAAAGACCAUUGUCCCUUUGUUGAAGGGAAAAGAUGGAAUGGACGGAAGGAAUGGGAAAGAUGGAAUUGAGGGGCCACCAGGAUUACCAGGACCUCCCGGUCCUCCAGGACCACAGGGCCUACCAGCCAAGGAGGGCCUGAAGCCAUCAGUUCACAUGGCGACGGAAAGAGGAAGAAUCUACUUUUCCGAGGGACAAGUGUUUGGUAACUGGUCGCUAACUCCCUCCACCUCGCACGUGGCAGAUGGGAUGCACGGUGAUAGCUCCUACAUCAUAAUCCCGCGAGCAGGCCGUUAUUUCAUCUACUGCCAGCUCUAUUUCCUCGAGGAACACUCUCAACCCGCGGGAUUCGACAUUGUCGUCAAUGGCUUGAAUAUAGCUACAAAGAUCUCGCAAGCGGGACAGUCGGCGUAUGUGGGCGGAGUUUUUCUAAUGCAGGAGCUAGCGGCGAUAUCGGUGGUCACUAGGGGAGCAGGAAUUAUUCUUGGUGAUCCUGCGUUGACAUUUUUCGGGGCGACUAAUGUUUAAAGGGUAUUUGGAAACCUAGAUUUCCGAGGGUGUCUAGGAACGUCUCCGAGGGGAACCUAGGAACGUCUCCGAGGGGAACCUAGGAACGUCACCGAGGGUAUCAAGGAACACUUCCCGAUGGUAUCUAUGAACGUCUCCGAUGGUAUCUAGAAACGUCCCCAAGGGUAUCUAGGAACGUCUCCGAGUGUAUCUAAGAACGUCUCCGAGGGUAUCUACGAACGUCUCCGAGGGUAUCUAGAAACGUCUCCGAGGGUAUCUACGAACGUCUCCGAGGGUAUCUAGGAACGUCCCCGAGGGUAUCUACGAACGUCUCCGAGGGUAUCUACGAACGUCUCCGAGGGUAUCUAGGAACGUCCCCGAGGGUAUCUACGAACGUCUCCGAGGGUAUCUAGGAACGUCUCCGAGGGUAUCUAGGAACGUCCCCGAGUGUAUCUAAGAACGUCCCCGAGUGUAUCUAGAAACGUCCCCGAGGGUAUCUAAGAACGUCCCCGAGGGUAUCUAGAAACGUCCCCGAGUGUAUCUAAGAACGUCUCCGAGGGUAUCUACGAACGUCUCCGAGGGUAUCUAGAAACGUCUCCGAGGGUAUCUACGAACGUCUCCGAGGGUAUCUAGGAACGUCCCCGAGGGUAUCUACGAACGUCUCCGAGGGUAUCUAGGAACGUCCCCAAGGGUAUCUAGGAACGUCCCCAAGGGUAUCAAGGAACACUUCCCGAUGGUAUCUAGGAACGUCUCCGAGGGUAUCUAAGAACGUCCCCGAGGGUAUCUAGAAACGUCUCCGAGGGUAUCUAAGAACGUCUCCGAGGGUAUCUAGGAACGUCCCCAAGGGUAUCUAGGAACGUCCCCAAGGGUAUCAAGGAACACUUCCCGAUGGUAUCUAGGAACGUCUCCGAGGGUAUCUAGGAACGUCCCCGAGGGUAUCUACGAACGUCUCCGAGGGUAUCUACGAACGUCUCCGAGGGUAUCUACGAACGUCUCCGAGGGUAUCUAGGAACGUCCCCAAGGGUAUCUAAGAACGUCCCCGAUGGUAUCUAGGAACGUCUCCGAGGGUAUCUAAGAACGUCCCCGAGGGUAUCUAGAAACGUCUCCGAGGGUAUCUAAGAACGUCCCCAAGGGUAUCUAGGAACGUCCCCAAGGGUAUCAAGGAACACUUCCCGAUGGUAUCUAGGAACGUCUCCGAGGGUAUCUAGGAACGUCCCCGAGGGUAUCUACGAACGUCUCCGAGGGUAUCUACGAACGUCUCCGAGGGUAUCUACGAACGUCUCCGAGGGUAUCUACGAACGUCUCCGAGGGUAUCUAGGAACGUCCCCAAGGGUAUCAAGGAACACUUCCCGAUGGUAUCUAGGAACGUCUCCGAGGGUAUCUAAGAACGUCCCCGAGGGUAUCUAGAAACGUCUCCGAGGGUAUCUAAGAACGUCCCCGAGGGUAUUUAGGAACGUUCCCGAGGGUACCUAAGAAUGUUUCCAGAGAUUGUCUAGGAACGUCUCCGCGCAUGCCAUCGUCGCCAAACCUUUUUUUGGUAUAAAACCGCCCCGACUCAAAAGCAGGCAGUGGGGAAAGAAACUCUAGAUCACACUAAAUAAAAGUAUUUCUUUA